AUGGACGUCAACUCCCUGCACAAACAGCUGGUCGCAGCAUUCGGCUCCCCCAAAUCCAAACCAGAAGAAGUUCGAUCUCUCCUCACCAAACUCAAGAUCGCCCUCACCGAACACAACCUCCUGGUCCCAUCCGCCGCCGUCUCCUCCACCUCCUCAUCCGACCUUCUUCUAGCACGAGAAGUGCUCACGAUCGGCGCAUUCUACUCCGUCCGAAUUGGAGACAUUUCCGCCUUCGAUCGAUACAUUUCCCUCCUGACUCCUUUCUACAACGCUUCUCUUCCCGCAUCCUCCCACUAUGAACCUCUCCUCGGACUUCGAUUGCUGCGUCUGUUGAGCUCAAACCAGAUCUCCGCAUUCCAUACACUCAUCGAAACGCUGCCUUCCAACCUCGUUAACGAAUCAAAAUUCCUCCAACACCCUGUUAGUUUGGAGAGAUGGUUGAUGGAAGGCUCAUAUUCCAAAGUCUGGCGUUUGAGUCGUGAGACUCCACCUCAGGAUGAGUACAGGUUCUUUGUGGAUCUCUUGAUGGACAUGAUCAGGAACGAGAUUGCUAGUUGCGAAGAGAAGGCGUAUGAUAGUUUGGCAUUGCACGACGCGGCUACGUUGUUGUUCUUUGACAGCUUGGAUCAGGUGCUAAGCUUUGCUCAAACCAGAGGAUGGCAAGUGAACCCGACAACACAAGUGGUUUCAUUCACUGCAGCAAACGCAAACGCAAACUCUGCUACAGUCAUUCCAAAGAAAGCUACCAUUGCAAGCAAUUUGAUCUUUGCUAAAGAGCUCGAGUCUAUUGUCUAA